GCAAGGUGCCCUUAUUUGCAUCCAGACUAAUUAUUUAUUUAAGAACUGCUAUCCUUAAAAAAAAAAAAAAAGGAAUGUGUUUUCCAGUUCCUGUUUGUUUACAGAUUAUUUAUUCUCCCCUUUGCUGUUUCAGUGCUGUGUGUAAGGAGCAUUAAACAUUUGAAGGCAUUUGGAUACCAGUCACUAUGUGGAAAAAAGACUCUGUGUUUUGGCUUUUGGUUUUGGCUGUUGCUACAAAUUGUCUCGUGUAUGGACAAAGCAGAAGGAAGGGAUCAAAGCCAAGUUCUCUAGCAGGAAAUAUUCAGGAUUCUGUCUGCUUCAUUGAUAUCCUCUUUAUUAUGGACAGUUCUGAAAGUGCAAAAGGCCUAUUGUUUGAUAAGCAGAGAGAGUUUGUUAACAGCUUAAGUGACAAAGUGUUCUUCUUGAAGCCUAUCAGAGUCCAAAGGUAUGACAUCAAACUGGCAGCCAUGCAGUUCAGCAGCACAGUCAAAAUCGACCAUCCGUUUACAAGCUGGACAGGACUGCAGAGGUUUAAGCAGGAAGUCCUCAGAAUGGCCUAUAUUGGACAAGGCACCUAUUCGUAUUAUGCUAUUUCUAAUGCGACUCAACUGUUCAAAGCAGAAGGUCGUAAAACCAGCAUCAAAGUGGCUGUGCUGAUGACAGAUGGUAUUGACCACCCAAAAAGUCCUGAUGUCCAGGUCAUAUCUGAAGCUGCGAGAGCACUUGGAGUAUCUUUCAUUACCAUUGGCCUUUCUGAAGAUGCCAAUAAAGCCAAAUUACGUUUAAUAUCUGGUGAUUCACCAGGAAAGCCUAUUCUGCUUCUGACCGAUGCCAGCCUUUCAGAAAAAAUACGAAAGCAGUUGGAAGCCUUAUUUAAUGAGCGGUGUGAACCGAAAACGUGUGGAUGUCAAAAGGGAGACAAAGGAGCUGCAGGGCCCCCUGGUGAACAUGGUGGUCGAGGGAAUAAGGGUGAACGUGGAUCUAAGGGAGAGAAGGGUGAAGCUGAGAAAGGAGAGCUUGGAGAAAAAGGUGCAGAGGGAAGUUCUGGUUAUAAGGGAGACAAGGGUGACAGAGGAGAAUGCGGAACUCCAGGACUGAAAGGAGACAGAGGGCUGGAAGGCCCUUUUGGCCCAAAGGGACCGAGAGGCCCUCAGGGAAUUGGUGGCCCUCCAGGUGAACCUGGUCCAAAAGGAAUUCAAGGAAAUAAGGGGGAGCCAGGCCCAGCAGGCCCUUAUGGCCCUGCAGGAGUCCCUGGAAUUGGAUAUCCAGGUCCUAAGGGUGACAGAGGUCUUGAAGGAAGAAUUGGGUUGCCAGGACCUACUGGAAUUGGUGAGCCAGGCUUAACAGGGCCCCGUGGUCUUGAGGGUGCACAAGGGGAAAGGGGUCUACCAGGCGAAGGACUUCCAGGACCAAAGGGUGAAAAAGGUUCUGAGGGGCCUGGAGGACCAGUUGGAGUACCAGGCUAUUCCAUCAAAGGAGAUAAGGGUGAGCGAGGGAUGGAUGGAGCACAGGGGCCAAUGGGACCACCUGGAAGUAGCAGCCAAGGAAUUCAGGGCAUUCAGGGUCCAAAGGGUGUGCCUGGGACAAAGGGAUCACGAGGCGUGGGCCAGCCUGGACCAAAGGGACAAGAGGGUGCAGCUGGACUAAAGGGAGAGCCAGGACCACAAGGAAUUGGAGCACCUGGACCUAAAGGAGAGCCAGGAAGGCCAGGAUUUCCUGGAGAAGAUGGAAAACCAGGAUUAAUUGGAGCUUUGGGGAAAAAGGGGGAACAAGGACUGCCUGGUCCACGAGGUCCAGAGGGACCGCCUGGGAAAGGGGACAUGGGUCCAAAGGGUGAAAUGGGACAAAAGGGAGCUCAAGGAUUUGAUGGUAGAAGAGGCGAAGCAGGUCCUCCAGGACCAAAGGGUGAAUCUGGAAUCAAAGGUUCAGUAGGUAACCCUGGACCUUCAGUUCGUGGGCCACCUGGCUCCAAGGGGGAGCAAGGAGUCCCUGGGGCACCUGGAAGUGAAGGAAGACCUGGAGAUUCAAUCAUGGGACCGAUGGGUACUCCAGGUUUAAUUGGGCCACGCGGACUGCCAGGAGCAAAAGGAGAUGGCUUUCCAGGUCCACCAGGACCUCAAGGAAUGCCUGGCCCCCAGGGACCAAGAGGUCUUAAAGGAGCAGGUGAUCCAGGGCAAAAGGGAGAACUUGGACCAAGAGGGCCCCCAGGAGUUCCUGGGCAAAGGGGAAUAGGAAAUCCAGGACCAAAGGGUGUUAUGGGACCAAAAGGCUUACCAGGUCCACAAGGACCUCCGGGAUAUGGCGCACAAGGAAGUAAGGGAGAGCAAGGAAUUCAAGGCAUACCAGGACCAAAAGGCUCCUUAGGGAUUGGUCUCCCUGGCCCGAAGGGGGAUUAUGGAGAGAGAGGGGAUCAGGGCAAGAGAGGUGACAAAGGCGAGAUUGGAGAACCUGGCCCUGCAGGACCCAGGGGAUUCUCUGGAUCCAAAGGUGAACCUGGACUUACCAAAGAAGAAAUAAUCAAGAUCGUAAUGGAAAUAUGUGGCUGUGGUGCUAAAUGCAAGCAAAAACCUUUGGAACUAGUGUUUGUGAUUGACAGCUCUGAAAGCGUCGGGCCUGACAACUUUGAGACGAUAAAACAGUUUGUAAAAACAGUGAUUGAUGCCAUGACAAUCAACCAAGCUGCAGCCCGUGUCGGCAUUAUCAACUUCAGCCAUGAGGUAGAGAUGGUGUCCACUUUGCAGCAGCAUUCGAACAAAGAUCACCUGAAAGCUGCCGUAGAUCAAAUGCAGUAUCUAGGGGAAGGCACCUUCCCGGCUAAAGCUAUCAACAAAACUAUUGAGAUAUUCCAGGUUGCCCGACAAGGAGUAAAAAAGGUGGCUAUUGUAAUAACGGACGGGCAAGCAGAUAGUCGUGAUACAAGAUUGGAUGUUGUCGUGGAUAAGGCUCAUGCACUCGACAUUGAAAUGUUUGUGAUUGGUGUGGUUCAGCAAAGUGAUCCCAGUUUUCAACAAUUUCGGAAAGAAAUGAAUCUUAUUGCUUCGGACCCAGACAGCGAACAUGUCUACCGGAUCGAUGAUUUCACCGUCCUGCAAGCUCUUGAGAGUAAGUUCUUCAAGCAAAGCUGUGAGGAAGAUUUCAGUUCCUACAUCACCCAAGUGCUUACUUCAGCAUUUUCGCCUGAACUAGAAACAGGAAAGGAACAUACUGGGCAGUUUGCCAUAGCUGGGACUCCAGAGCCAUAUAUCCCUCCACCCAACGCAGAUGUUAUAUAUUCUCAAUACUCUCCAGGGGUGCCUGAAGGGACGGCAGCUCCACAUUCUGAUUGGGAUCAUGCUGCUACAGUCCCUCCUAAGUAUGCUCUAGAUAGCCACAGAAGAGUUGUCAUUCCUCCUCAUCAUGAAAGAGGAGACUUUUGGGAAACCAGAAUCCCCAACCUUCAGACCUCUCCUUCCUCUGAUUUCACUAGACACCUACAACCUCUGAGUGAACCAGGUGCUACAAAAGAUGCCAGGUGCUUGGAACCAAUGAACAGUGGGGACUGCCGGGACUAUGUAGUGAGAUGGUAUUAUGACAAGAAUGCCAGUUCUUGUGUCCGAUUUUGGUAUGGUGGCUGCUAUGGCAACCAAAACAGAUUUGAGACAGAAGAAGAAUGCCAGACAACCUGUGUUCAACAAUAAGCAAAGAGCUCAGGCUUCCAGGACAAAAGGUGGAUGUUCCUGGAAUUUGCAUAAGGUGACUAAAGAAUAAGAAUAUUUGCUGUGUUAAGACGAAUACUACUAGUGUACCCUGCCUAGUGCUUUUUAUGAUUCAUUCUGCAGAUUAUAUAGAGCCUGUUAUCUCCAUAGCUGAUGGCUUCAUCUGACAAAAAGCAGCUUUAUAUUUCCCUCCAUGUUUUAUGGUUAGUACUGGUAUUGUCUACUGCCAUGUUUCAGGAACUUUAGCAAGUCAGAUACCAAGGAGUUUGAUGCCUACUUUUAACAGCACAAGACCUUUUAUUAUCUGGCCAUGAAGAUAUUUUGCAGUACAAAGCAGAACAAAUAAAGCCUGAAGUUAGUUAAAAGGCAGGAAAUGGGGAAAUGGCCUUUACUGGGCUGCUGGCAGAAGCUCUGAACACCUCAGAUGUAGGUAUAUUAGUAGGGUCCCCCAUAUUAAAGCAUGCUCAAGUUUAGCAGCUAAAGAUCCCAUGAGCUGUCAUCAUUUGCUUCUCCUACUUUAAUACAAGAUUUUAAACAAUCUCCAAUAGCCCUGAUUUAACUAGUGGCCCUGGAUGCAUAUCCCUAUUCACAUCAAGAGCAUCAUCAAGCCAAUUCAGUAAGGCUUAGAUGAAUAUCUCUAUGGAAAUGAGGAUAUGCCCAUCUACGAUACAUGCAGAAGUCUGCUUUAUACACACAGAUUUGUCUUGCGGGAUGAGGGACAUUUUUUCUUUUUUUUAAGGCUAUUUGUUAAAGCUUAGUCCAUACAUAUUUCUUCUCAGGGCUCUUGUACAAAAGAGUGAAAAUAACAAUAUAUUAUAGUUUCAUAUCGUCAAUUGUAGUGGAAUUUAAUGAGGAAAAGCACUGAAAGAUGUACAUAAAUAAAUAUGUAUAUUUUCAUACUAUGUUUUCCUUUUAAACCAUAACCCUAUGCAAAAGGUACUGUACGAACUAAAACUGAUGGACAAUUAUUAAAAUUUCAUAUAAACAA